UGUAGCGGCCGCGCCGGCGCCGCUGAGCCCGGGGCCGGGGCCGGGGCCGGGGCCGGUCCUGGGCAGCCCCGCGGGCGCCGGGCCAUGCUCGCGGAGGAGCAGCGGAACAGCGCGGCGCAAGGCCCGGCGCGGCCGGUAAGGCUGUGCGCGCCAGGCCGCGCCGGGCCGGUUCCCGCGGCAGGUGACCCGAUUCCCCGCUCCUCCCUCCCGCAGGGCCCCGCGGGGAAGCGGCGGCGGGGCCGGGGGCAGCCUGCGCACGGGGAGCCCCCGCGGAAGCGUGUCGGGAAGCGGAGGCAGGCCGGCGGGCAGCGGGCUGCGGUGGAGGGACGCACGGCGGGUCCCGGGCAGCCCCAGGCGGAGCAGCGCCCGGCCACAGAUGCGGAGCCCGGGGCGGCGGAACGGCGGCCGAGCAGGAGGCAGCGGCGGGAGCAGCAGCGGAGAAAGAAGAAGCGGCGGCAGGAGAGCGACGGGCUCCCGGCGGCACCGGCGGCCUCGGAGCUGCCCGUCCCGGCAGCGGCUCCCGCGGGCCGGUCCGCGGCCCUGCGUGCGCGGAUGGAGGAGCGGCUGCGGGCCGCGCGGUUCCGGUACAUCAACCAGCAGCUCUACACGUCCAGCAGCCGCGACGCCGCCCGGCUCUUCCAGAGCGACCCCGAGGCGUUCGACAUCUACCACCGCGGCUUCGCGCAGCAGGUGGGGCGCUGGCCCCACAACCCCGUGCAGCGCAUCAUCCGCUACCUGCGGCGACGGCCGGCCUCGCUCGUGGUGGCGGAUUUUGGGUGCGGGGACUGCAAACUCGCAACCAGCGUGAAGAACAAGGUUCACUGCUUUGACCUGGUGCCUCUCAGCCCGCUGGUCACCGUCUGCGACAUGGCCGAGGUGCCACUGGCGGACGAGUCGGUGGACGUCGCGGUGUUCUGCCUGGCGCUGAUGGGCACCAACCUGCAGGAGAUCCUGGGAGAGGCCAACCGUGUGCUGAAGCAGGGGGGCACUCUGCUGGUGGCCGAGGUGACCAGUCGCUUCGAGGACAUCCGAGCCUUUCUGAACGCCAUGGCUCAGCUGGGCUUCAAAAGCGUCUCCAAGGAGCUGAAGGGCUUCAACUCACUUGAUGAUCUUCUCCACGUCAAAGGCAUCACCACCCGCAUCUUGGAGCUGAACAGUCAGCGGAUGACUUGCAGGAGGCCAAGCAACUCGGAAGCUGCAAGGCCAAACCCCAGUCUGCAAGGAGACAGCAAAGCUGCUGCACCCCAGGUGCCAGCGGCAGAGGAGGAGGAGGAUGGCUCUGGCCCCUGGGAGCCGGAGCGCUCUGGGCAAGGGAGCCCAGGGUCGGGCCCAGAGGCCGACAGCUCUGCUGGGCAAGUGGCACAGGAGCCCGCCGGCCCCACAGUCAGCGGGGAGCAGGAAGAGGAGGAGGAGGAAGACGAGGAAGAAGGAAGCUGCUACAGCGAGGAAGGGGAGGAUGGCGGCAACGUGUACUUCUAUUACACCAUCGGGGAGCGCUGGAUCGACUACCUGCAGCGGACUGAGGACGGCGGCCUCCUCCGGCACGUGCGGCCCAAGAUGAAGCGGAAGUCAGAGAACGGCCUGGACGGCAGAGCCCUGUCCCCCGGUAAAAAGCUGUGCAAGGGCUCCGAGUUCAGCAGGACGCUGGGUCCCUGCAUGCCCAGCCCCACCACCACCUUCGGGGAGCUGCGCAACGCCAAGGCGGCGCAGGCGCGGCGGCGCUGCAUGCCCUCGGUGGCCCCUCCGCCCGAGCUGCAGGACUGGCUCCGCACCUUCCAGCGAUGGAGUGGCCCAGAGAAGCUGCUUGCUCUGGACGAGCUCAUCGACCGCUGCGAGCCCUCCCAGAUCAAGUACAUGAUGCAGGUCAUUGAGCCCCAGUUCCAGAGAGACUUCAUUUCCCUGCUGCCCAAAGAGCUGGCACUCUACGUCCUCUCCUUCCUGGAGCCCCGCGACCUGCUCCGAGCUGCCCAGACCUGUCGCUACUGGAGGGUCUUGGCUGAAGACAACCUGCUGUGGAGAGAGAAAUGCCGUGAGGAGGGCAUCGAGGAGCCCCUGAACCUGCGGAAGCGGCGGCUGCUGAGCCCCGGCUUCAUGUACAGCCCCUGGAAAUUCGCCUUCAUGAGGCAGCACAAGAUCGACAUGAACUGGCGCAGUGGGGAGCUCAAAGCCCCCAAGGUGCUGAAGGGACACGACGACCACGUCAUCACCUGCCUGCAGUUCUGUGGCAACCGCAUCGUCAGCGGCUCGGAUGACAACACGCUCAAGGUGUGGUCGGCCGUCACGGGGGAGUGCGUGCAGACGCUGGUCGGCCACACAGGGGGUGUGUGGUCGUCCCAGAUGAGGGACAGCGUCGUCAUCAGCGGCUCCACCGACCGCACGCUCAAGGUGUGGAACGCGGACACGGGCGAGUGCGUGCACACGCUGUACGGGCACACGUCCACGGUGCGCUGCAUGCACCUGCAUGGCAACAGGGUGGUGAGCGGCUCCCGGGAUGCCACGCUGCGCCUGUGGGACAUCGAGAGCGGGCAGUGCCUGCACGUGCUGAUGGGGCACGUGGCCGCCGUGCGCUGCGUCCAGUACGACGGGCACAAGGUGGUGAGCGGCGCCUACGACUACACGGUCAAGGUGUGGGACCCCGAGAGCGAGAGCUGCACCCACACGCUGCAGGGACACACCAACCGCGUCUACUCCCUGCAGUUCGAUGGGACGCACAUCGUCAGCGGCUCCCUGGACACGUCGAUCCGGGUGUGGGACGUGGAGAGUGGGAACUGCCUGCACACCCUCAUGGGGCACCAGUCGCUCACCAGCGGCAUGGAGCUGCGGGACAACAUCCUCGUGUCUGGCAACGCCGACUCCACCGUCAAGAUCUGGGACAUCAAGACCGGCCAGUGCCUGCAGACGCUGCAGGGGCCCAGCAAGCACCAGAGCGCCGUGACCUGCCUGCAGUUCAGCUCCAAGUUUGUGGUGACCAGCUCUGACGACGGUACCGUCAAGCUCUGGGACCUGAAGACGGGCGAGUUCGUCCGGAACCUGGUGGCCCUGGAGAGCGGGGGCAGCGGGGGCGUCGUGUGGCGCAUCCGCGCCUCCAACACCAAGCUGGUGUGCGCCGUGGGCAGCCGCAACGGCACCGAGGAGACCAAGCUGCUGGUGCUGGACUUCGAUGUGGACCUGAAAUGAACCUGGCGGGUCCGGGCUGGGGAGGAGGAUCCCGCGGGCCGGGCGUAGCGGCUGGUCCUGGUGGGGCUGGCCCCGGCGCAGGCGCGAGCCCCCCGCGGGCUGUACAUACCGUUUGCACCCAUCUGGGCCUUAUUUAUAUACGUGUGACCUCCCUGGGGGGAGCCUGCGCCCGGCUGGGCGCUGUACAGAGGAAGCAGCAUGUUUUUUACACACUAAUAUAUCGAUCUAUUUCUGUA